AUGAAUAUGGGUUGCAUAUACAUUACAUGGCUAUUGUUAACCCAUAUUGUUAUGUUGGUUGCAGAGGCUAAGAAUGUCCCAGCCAUCAUAGUUUUUGGAGACUCAUCUGUUGAUUCUGGAAACAACAAUCAGAUAGCAACUGUUCUGAAGAGCAACUUCAGGCCUUACGGCCGUGACUUUGACGGUGGCCGCCCCACGGGACGGUUCUGCAAUGGCCGUGUUCCACCAGACUUCAUUGCCGAGGCUUUUGGUGUAAAACGCUAUAUACCAGCUUACUUGGAUCCUGCGUAUACCAUCAAAGAUUUUGCCACUGGUGUUUGCUUUGCUUCUGCUGGAACUGGAUAUGAUAAUGCAACUUCUGCUGUAUUAAAUGUAAUACCACUGUGGAAGGAAUUAGAGUUGUACAAGGAUUAUCAAGCCAAAUUAAGAGCCCAUCUUGGUGUGGAAAAGGCAAAUGAGAUCUUAGGCGAGGCUUUGUACCUGAUGAGCUUAGGAACCAAUGAUUUCCUUGAAAACUACUAUUUGUUGCCAACCCGUAGAGCCCAUUUCACGGUCACACAAUAUCAGGAUUUUCUAUUGGGUAUUGCAGAGAAUUUCAUUAAAGAAUUGUACGCACUUGGAGUCCGGAAAUUAUCCGUAACUGGUCUUAUUCCCAUGGGGUGUCUCCCAUUAGAGAGGACUAUAAACAUUUUUGGUCAUCAUGGCUGCAAUGAAGAAUACAACGAUGUCGCUUCGGGCUUUAAUGUCAAGUUGGAGAUUAUGAUAUCAAAGCUAAAUAGAGAGCUCCCACUGUUGACAGCACUCUCAGCAAAUGCAUUUCCCAUCUUCAAUGAUGUCUUCAGAAGACCUUCCUCAUACGGAUUUGAGGUUGUAGAAAAGGCAUGUUGUUCCACUGGAACAUUUGAGAUGAGUUACUUGUGCAGUGAGAAGAAUCCACUUACAUGCAAAGACGCUAGCAAAUACGUGUUUUGGGAUGCCUUCCACCCUACCGAGAAGACAAACCGCAUAGUCUCGAAUUAUUUAAUUCCAACGCUUCUAGCUACCUUUAAAUAG